AUUUGGGUUGGCAACCUUGCCUUCUCCACCACCAGCGAAGAUAUCCAAAAGUACUUUGCAGAUUGUGGUGAAAUUACAAGAAGGAUAAUCAAAAUUAGAAAUCGGUUGUCUGACUCUAACUAUUUUAGUUUCGCCUACGUUUUUUUCACCACCCCCGAAGCUGUUGCAAAAGGUGUCGAGAAGUCAGAGGCAAAACUUGAUGGUCGUAACUUGCUGAUUAAGGAUGCCAAGAACUUUGAACGUAAGGAUGGCACUACCCCAACAGCCAAAGAAAUUAAGAAGCAAAAGAACCCUCCCUGCCCUACACUUUUCCUUGGUAACCUCAGUUUUGAGACCACCGCUGAGAUGGUUAAGGCACAGUUUGAGUGGUGUGGUGAUAUUCGUAAGGUUCGCUUGGGUCAGUUCCAGGAUACUGGAAAGUGCAAGGGUUUCGGAUACAUUGAUUUCAUGAACGUUGAUUAUGCUACAAAAGCAAUUCGUGCCCCCGAUAAACACAAUGUAGACGGACGUAAAGUCCGUGUGGAAUUUGCUAGUGAGGAUGCUUACCUGCGUGGUCAUCCUUGGUUGAUGCGUGAGAAGAAGAAGGAAGCCUCUGGCGAAAAGCCAGCCGCAGAGGGAGCAGCCACAGAUGGCAAAACUGGCAAAACAUAUCCACCAAGAGAGGAAGAAGAAUGGCGCAAGAGACGUCCAGCAAGAGGUGACAGAGUUGAUAAGGGUGAGAAGGGUGAGAAGAGCGAGAAGGGAGAAUACACCAAGGAGUACAAACCAAGAGACAACAAGGACAAAAAGCCAUUGAGAGUUAAAUCUGGACAAGCCUUGUCAGAAGCACAGCGACAGAAGCCUACUGUUCAGGAAUUCAAGGGAACCAAGAUUGUAUUUUAA